AUGGAGGCUGCUUUCAAGCGCAAGCCCCUGCCGGGCCCUCCGCCGGGCCCUCCGCCGGGUCUUCCACCGCCACCGAAUUUUGACCCCUUUCCCCAACAUCAGCGUCCCCUUCGUGGCGCCCGGUCGACGCCGAAUCUUCGGCAGUCUGUGGCGACAUCCAUCUACGACCCUCCGCCUGCCUAUGAGGAGUUUCCGGGUGUCGACUCUAACGGGCGCCUCGCUUUCGCCGAUCCAAUCACGAACCUCGGAGCCGGGAGAGUUCCCUCGCCGGCCCCGUCAACCCCGGGACCACACUUUUCUCCCUGUCCUCCUCCCGCUGCUGCAGCACAAAAGGAAUAUCUGCCUUACCGCCCGUCACCGUCACCGUCAAUCGCUGUUGAUGGAAAAGACUUGCCCCCGCCAGCCACCCCAGGACCAUCAUUCCCUGGUCCUUCGGCGGCACAAACGUUUCCCGUGGCAGGUUAUCGUCCUUCUGUCUCGCCCACACCGUCCAAUCCGGGCCCUUUCUUCCCUGGCCCUCCCGCAACAGCAGAGACCUUCCCGCUGGCACAUCGCCCUCCCUUGUCACCCAAUUACGCCCCAUCAGAAGUCACGUCAACAGAUUCUCAAUCAAAAGAAAAGACAUCCUGGCAGACAGCUCUGGACGAAACAAAGUACUUCGCGGGCGGCCUGAUAAGCCAUCCAUUCGAGUACACCAAACACUAUGCCAUCCUCCGCCACUCGGGCGCGCUUGUCUGGUACCGCGGCCCCUCCACCUCCGUUACCGUCACAAUCUUCUCCGAUGCUCCUCUGCCACCCACGCGGACGGUAUGGCUCCAGCAAAAGGGCUUCUCGGGGAACAUGGGCAUGAACUUGAAAUCUCUCGUCGGCGCAAACACAUCCUGGCUCGACGUCACGCCUUCCGCGCAGGGUACCGCGGCGGCCAUGGCCGAGGGCGACGAGAGGGGAUGCCAGCGCGACAUGAAGAAGUUUCUCAAAAAGGCGCCCAAGAAUCUGGCAAAGCAUACGCCGAGGGAGACGCUCGUCGUGCGCAUCCCCGCCGCCGCCGAUGACGGGUACUUCCGACUCGUGCUCUGCGCCGGGGGCGGUGUUGACGGCACCAAGAGGAAGGUUCUUUGCCCCAGUCCCGUCUUCCGUGUCGCGAGCACUUCGACGGACGUGAGUGUCGUCCGUGGCGCGAGCUUCGCCAGCAUGCCUCUGGAGCUGGGAAUCAAGGCGGGCUCGGUCGUUGCGACGACGGUUGUCAAUAAGUAUAUCGGACCAGCUGCCGCCGUAGUGCAAUCCCGGACGAAGAAGAUAUCGCAAGCAAAGUUUGUGACCAAACAUGCCGCUCACAUCGCAUACGCAAAAUCGGGCAUCGAAAAGUCCGGCAUCAAGACGCAUGUAGCGGCAUAUGAGGAGCAAUAUGCCACCACCAGGGGCGGAGGAUAUGAUGCCUGGCAAUCUGGCGAAGCUGGGUUCCAAGAAGCGCCCCCAGAAGUCAUCGGUGCCGACUCCGGCCCUACCGAUCCAUUCCCGAUCAAGUUUGACGGCAAGGUCGUCCGCGGUACAGGGAGGGGAGGCAUGGAACUGGGUAUCCCGACUGCGAACCUAGAGGGCAUACCGGAAGACGUGAGGAUGCGAAUGCGAGGCGUCUAUUUUGGCUGGGCGAGGGUCGUACCCCGAUCGGGACUGGAAGCGAUAUCGACAGACUGGCACGAGAGCAUCAUUACCGUUGGCCCCGCACCGUACGCCACACCGCGCGUAGCCGCCAAGAACGUCGCCACGGUACACCUGAUCCACGAAUUCGGCGGUGCUCUCUUCCUCGAGACAAAACUCAAGGUUCUCGUCAUGGGCCAGCUGCGAAUGGCUGCGCCGCCUGUGGCUGGCUCAGAGGCCGCGCUCGCGGCCUACGGCGCGGAUGUGCUUCUUGCCGUGGCUAGCUUGAGUCGUGACAACUGGUGUCCCAUUGAGACGCGUGACAGGAUGAGAACCAUGCGUAGCGAGAUGAGCCUGGCUGAUCGAUACGUCGAGACGAGGGAGAAGGUCCAGAAGCAGGUGGACCGGAUUCCUGUGCAUUUGGCUGGUGUUAGAACGGAAGGGGCUGCCUUGAGAGAUCGGGCAUAUGGGAAUGGAGGAAUUUGGAUCCCGAGAUGA